CAUCCUCCCGUAUGCAUCAGAUUAAGUCUAUAAAAGCAGACUUUCACAUCCUUUUUCCUCACAACUGUAGUGAGCAGAUCUGUCAGCAAGAGUGUCAAAUCCACUGGCCUCACUGGAAUCACCAAGUUGAUCGGACAAGAAGAAACAGCAUUUCCAGAUUCGACCACUAGUCAAUCUUCGUUCAGGCCGCUGGUUUGACCUUCUUUCAACAUGGGGAAAAUGCCUCGAGAACGUCCUCGCAACCGCGAUUCCAGCAGCGAUGAAGACCAGUAUAUUAUCUUGGUCAAGGAUAUUCCUCGCCAUUGCCGGUGGCAGGAGCUCAAAGACAUGACACGCAGCUUGGGCGGCGAACAAAGCUUGAAGGCUGAAGUUUUUGAGCUUCAGGACGGGAGCCAACUGGGACACUGCACCAUCAAAGGACGUGUUGCUGCUAAUCAGGUCUAUGAGAAAUUCUGUAAUCAGGGAUGGAAUGGCCAGGGCGUUUGUGUCUCGCUGGCCGUGCUUGAGAAACCUGGAGUGUUGAAGACCCUGGAAGGCCCAAAGAGAACUUCUGGUGCCAGACUCGAGUCUAGAGUCUCCGCAAAGGUCUCUUGUCCGGGACCGGCAGCAGCUCUGGCGUCCGGUCAAUCUUGUUCUGAGCGUCCAUCUGGGUAUGCAGAAACCCUUCCCCCUGCUUCUAAAGUCUACAACGUUCCUUUUAUGAGACAAGGUCCCGUCACUGCACGUCCAGCGGUGUUGCCUUACGCUCCCACGACCAUAGACACCAGGCAGCAAGGUCGAGCCGCUCCAGUAGCAUACUCUUACCAAACAGUAUCACCCUACCACACGUCCACCAGUACGUCUCUGCACGUAUCACCCACCGUCCCAGGCACCCCGGUCGCAACCAACGGCUAUCAUCCAGGGACCCCAGCUGGAACACAAGCUGCCGCGGCUACAUCACGCACAAUCAACGAUGGCAGCACGAUUUUCAUAUCGGGCCUCCCACACAACCAAUCGGAACCACAGUUAAGGAACCUGCUCAAACGCUAUGGUUCGCUUAUCUACCUUGAAAUCCACCCGGACAGCCGCAAUCCAGGCAAAGUCAAAGGAACGGCCAGGGGGCGAUACAGAACUCCAGCGGAAUCCCUUCACGCCGUCCGCAACCUAGAUGGCGCGUACUUAUCUGACCGCAAGAUCAGCGUCAAGCAAACAAAAGGCGACUUUGAGAACUUGGUCCUGCUGCCAAGGGACACUAGGAUGCCAGCGGCCGCCAUGGCUUCGCAGAAGGAAAAGGCCACGACGAAACCCAUCACCACUAGCAAGCACCAAGCUGCGCAACGUGGUCGACAAGCUCGAGAGGGCAGUGGCAGAGCAAGUGACAGCGGGUCUCUAUCGCCCUCGACAGGUCCACUCAUCGUCAACGGUGCUCGUCGUCGGUCCGACAGGGGCGGAAUGUCCUCAAGUGAUGACGACAGUAGCGACGACGGGACUGAUACGCCUGAUAGUGAUAGCUCGGAGAAUGAGACAGCCAGUCGAACUCCUCCACGCCGCCAACGCGUGAGGCGCUGAGACGACAGACAACCGCCCACAAA